AUGCCAUUUGCUAUUAAAAGACCUUGGAAUUAUGACGAUGAGGAAAGAGAAUUUGGUCUUCAUCAACCGGCCAAGUUGCAGCGGCGUGGUCCUUUAACAGAUAUCAAUUUGGGGUUAGUAACUCCUCCAACAACUCCGGAAAAGUUGAACAAGCAUAAUUCACUGGUAUCAAUAAAACAGAAUAAUCAGAUAGUGAGAAGGCUUAACUUCACUGAAGAAAUACACUCUCCUUACUCUGAUGCCAAAAAGGUAUUUCUUAGAGGUUCGUCAAACGAAUUUCAGGAUGGUAGCAGGGUCUGUCUUCCAGGAAGAGAGACCGAGGGCAAAUUGUUAAAGAAGUAUAUUGAAGAGUCAUUGAUUGAGCUGCAAUCUACGUCUAUAUACAUUUCUGGUCCUCCCGGUACCGGAAAAACUGCACAAGUGGGUACCAUUAUUCAAUCUCUUACACUUCCGGCCCUUCAGAACUGUGUUCCGGGCACUAAUAUUUACAAUAUUCCGCUGAGAUGUCAUUCCAGAGAUGUGUUACGGAAAUUGCGAGUUGUUAAGAUCAAUUGUAUGACAUUGAAGAAUCCCGAACAGAUUUUUGACAUUUUGGCAAAGAAUUUAGAAGGUUGCAAUCAUCGCACCGGAAAGCUCAACACCAAGAUCGAUCACAUCAGAGAACUUUUAUCCGAUAGAUCGUCUAGUGAUAUGACAAUUCUUGUUUUGGAUGAGAUGGAUAGUGUUAUUAAUAAAUAUCAACAGGCGUUGUUUGAGCUUUUCUCCUGGGCUUCGAAUCUUCCCUCAGUGCAGCAGGAUUCUUUCAAACCUAAUUUGAUUCUUGUUGGAAUUGCCAAUGCCCUUGAUCUUACAGAUAGGUUUCUUCCCAGAUUAAGAAGUAAUAGAAUUAAUCCACGAUUGAUCCAGUUUCUCCCCUAUACUGCUGACCAGAUUCAGCAAGUUAUCACCCAAAAAUUAUACGGCUUGGACGAGGAUUCCAACGGCCAUGGUCUUCCACCAAUUGUUCAUCCAACCGCUAUCAAGUUUUGUGCUAAGAAGGCUGCAGUCAAUACUGGUGAUCUUAGAAAAGCAUUUGAUAUCAUUCAUAGAGCCAUUGAGAUUGUUGAGCAAACUACCAUGAAGAGAAUGCCUUGCAGUAAGUUCACUAGUUUGACCGUUAAUAACGCACCCAAGGUCAUGAUUUCUCAAAUUGCUAGAGUGUGCAGCUCCGCAUUUAAUAUUAACUAUCAAUUGAAACUACAGGCAUUGAACCUUCAAUCAAAAACCAUUCUUUGCUGUCUUUUUAAGUUUGAAGAGAAGCAAGAUACUCCAUAUGUGGAUAUGUUCAAGAAGGGAGCUGGUAGACGUAGGAGUCUCAACAAGAUAAUCCCAUCGAUCAACAACUUCUUUGAAUUCUAUAACAGACAUCUCAAAAUGGUCGAUAGAAUGCUAAGUACUUUGAGAAGAGGUGAAUUUCUGGAAGUGUUGAGCACUUUAGAGUCUAAUUCUCUCAUCAAUCUUACUUUUCUUGCGGAUAAGUCCGGUAAGUUCAUGACAUCCAACGUUUCUAACACCCUAGGCAAUGGAAGUGGUAGUCCUCAAAAAGGAGUGGUUACCUUUGGUAACUACAAAAUCUCUACCAAUGUUCCGAAGAGUGAACUUGUGAAAUCUAUCGGAGACAUUGAACUCCUCAGAAAGAUCAUGAGUGCUCCAAUUGCUUCAGAAUAG